AUGGAACUGGAGCCAACCCUUAGCGCUCUCCUUGAGGCUAUUGCAGCCCUCACUAGCCAAGUUGGGUCCCUCCAGGACCAAGUCAAAUCCCAGGGCAAGCAGAUUACCCAGCUUGUUGCCAUAUGCAAGGAAACCAACAACCUUGUUGGUGACAAAGACCAAGGAGGCGCUCACGCCAAGCCUGGCCCAUUGACUGGGCCUGUCACUCCCCCCACUCACACAGGGGGAGAAACCCACACUCCAGGAACGGUUAGGCCUGGACUCAAGGCUCCCUUCCGCCCAUCAAGGGGUACGGGCUUUGACUCAGAAGAAGAGGAGGAACCAAGGAGAGGCCCCAAAAAGGAGCCUUGCAACAUGCCUAGGAGCCUCAGCUCCCUUACCCCCUUUGACUCAGGGACCUCCGUAAAAAGACCCAAGAUGGAGCUGCCGGACCCUUACAAGGGCAAUACCAGGGGACAAAAGGCCACCCAGUGGCUAGACCAAAUGCUACUAUGGGUAGCCCUCCAUUGUGAUCAAUUUGACAAGGAGGAGCAGAUGGUCAUGUGGAUUCUCUACCACAUGACAGACAAGGCAGCCAACUGGGCACUCCCCCUUAUUGGGGCAAUUAUCAAGGGUGAAGGCAACCCCCCUACCACUAUCCCGGCUUUAACAGCCAAAUUCAAGGAAGCCUUUGCCAACCCUGAUGCUAAACAGGCCACUGCCAGGAAGAUAGCUACCCUGGCCCAAACCUCCACCACCUCCAAGUACGUCACGGAGUUCUGCAAUCUCAUUGCGGAAUUAGACUGGAACAAGGAGGCUUAUAUUGCACAGUUCAUGCAAGGCCUCCACUGGAAGGUCAAGGAAUUGUUGUCCACCAAGGAUAGCAUUCCUGACAAACUCAAAGCCAUCUUUGCGGCGGCAAUCAAAAUUGACAACAUCCGCCGCAAAAAUGAGGAAAACCGCCCCAAGAAAGCACCUGCCAAGUCCCCAACCACCCCUCCCACCACUACCACUCAACGGGUCCGCCUAUUGGAGGAUCCCAACUAUGUCACACCAGAAGAAAGGGACCGCUGCCGCACGUCUGGCCUUUGUGUCAAGUGCGGCCAAAAGGGACAUGGCAUCAAACAAUGCCCUAAUGGCUGGAAAGCCACCAUCAAGGAGGUGGCCAAGGUUGCAGAGGAGGAAGGGUUGGGAAAAGAGUGA